AUGACACUAAAAUGGUACCUGGGAAUGGGCUCAUUCUCUCUAUCUCUGUUUUCGAUUUUUCUGAAUUUAUUGAUAUUUUUCCCAGUUUUCCGGCUGGCUUUCAUUCAAAAAAAGAGCUCAGUUUAUAUCAUUGCAUUUUUUAAUAUUAUUUCUGACCUGCUACAACUUUUUGUCACUUGUUUCUAUCUCUCCGCAUCGACUAUGGCCGAUCGUUACGUAAUCACUGGAGACCGAAUGAACACAUUGGCGGUGAUUUUUGGGUGGAUUUUUAUCAAUGCUUGGUAUAUGGAAUGUCUUGUACAGAUUGUUAUGGCUGCGAAUCGAUUCUGUAUAAUCACUCUAAAACAGUAUCACAUUUUCACAUUCAAUUUCACAAUGGUCGUUUUUGCGAUUUUGAUUUCAAUCACUUCGUUUUCCGCCGUCUGUACUCAGUACUUGUUUCCCUGUUGUGUAUUUAUCUCCGAUCACACAAUCAUGUCAUUUAUGUUUCAUAAUCCCUCAAAUGAAUAUUCAUAUUCAAAUCUCAUGUUGGUUUCCUACGACGUCUUCUGCACAUUCGCUUCUACAGUAUGCUACAUUUCUGUAUUUUUCUCAAUUCGAAAUUCCUACAAAGACGCUGCUGCAAGUGUACAAAAUGAUCAAAAUAAGAAGAAUAAUAAGGAUGUGAAAUAUCUUCUCCAAUUCGUGUUCAUCUCAAUAUUCUACAUUUUCACAUGGGUCCUAUUUGAACUUCUUCCCCAUAUCGUACCAUCGAAUCAUUUGGAAUGGUACUCAAUUGUUCCCGUUUUGGUUACAUUGAAUUGCUCAUCUAAUUCUGUUAUCUAUUUAUCUUGCAAUCGAGAAGUCAGGAAAUCAAUUCAAAUUCCAUUUAUGUCGAAAUUCUUUGGAAAUUCGAAAGUUUCAACAACUGUCGUUACAACCAAUGCGCAAUCUACAGCUGUCACUAAUUGA